GGUUUUUGGUUGGCUUAUUCUAAACUAUGUCUCUACUUCUACAUAGAAUCACAGUAAAGAGGUUGAUUUUGGAGCUAUUGUGCUGCAUUUUUCUGCUGGCAAAUGAGAUCCAUAGUCGACGUGGAUGGAGUUUAUAUCCAUCUAAACCAAUAGAUAAAUUUAUGACCAUCACCAAAGAGGAUAUUCGGAUGCAGGGGACUCAAAACUGUUCUGGUUUUGUACAAGUCAAAUCCAAUGGGUCUUGGAUGGAUAUUUGCGAAUCAACUUUCACAGAAAAGAAUGGUUUUGUGGCUUGUCGGGAGCUGGGCUGUGGAUUCUUAUUGAGGUUCUUCUCUGAGGACACUGAUUCUGAUUCUAUAAGGUCUGAGUUUCAGUGUAGCGGCCUAGAGGAGCAUCUCAGAGACUGCCCCUCAACACCACUGGACACAGGCACAACCUGCAGGUCCAUUUUUCUGGUCUGUGGCGAAAAGCCAGCUCCCCCAGAGGUCACUGUUUACCCCAUCCAGUCAUCAAAUGUGUACGUGGGCCAUCCCUAUGUGGUCAAAUGCCAUGUCAAUGCUCCAUAUAAAGUUCGCUCAUUUGUGCUUUGGAUCCGAGAUGAUGACGACAAUGAGACCACUUUCACCCUGCCAGCCGAAGACAACACAGCUCACUUCUUUAUGCCCCCGAUAAUGGCCGCCACCUUACAAAUGCACUGGUGUCUGUAUGACUUUGAGAUUUAUCCAAACACCUUCUGCUCUGAUAGAAGAAAGUAUGUUUAUAUCGAAGAGUCAUCGUACGUGCGUUUGGUGGGAACAAAGAGCCGGUGUCUGGGCACCCUUGAGCUGGAGCACAUGCAAAAUUGGAGGCCUGUGAGCCAGCAGAUGUGGGGCCUGAAGGAGGCUGCAGUCGUGUGCAGACAGCUGGGCUGUGGCUCUGUGCUGCACACACACACACAGAGCAGUGUGAAUGAGCGACAGCCUGUGUGGAGCUUCUACUCUGACUGUGAGGGCUCUGAGGGGGCUCUGCUGAGCUGUGGCUCUGUCAGGGAGGGCAUGUCUGCCUCCACUGUCCACGUGUUCUGCUCAGGUCUACUUCUUCCAGCUGUCAUCAGUGUUGAAUCCAGAAACCGCACAGGAGAGGACCCCGUGCUCGUCCUCAGCCCCUACACUUUCUAUAUUAACUGCUCAGUGUCUCCGCAGUAUCCUGGCGGCCAUUUUAGUCUGGUCUUCACUGGAGACAAAACCAAUCACACUCAGAACCAAACAGCUGUCAAUCACACGGCCAUCUUCAGGUUUGAUUCGACUGAAAAAUCCCACUCCGGGAUCUACCGCUGCAUCUAUCACAACACUGUGUCUGGACACCACGUCUCCUCUCAAAGCCAUGAGCUGUCUUUGGUAGUGGAAGAUGCAGAGGAUAUUGUGCUGGACGAUGGAUUAGUGCAAGAUACUGGUCGCACUGUCUGCUCUGGGAGACUGUUUGUGAAGGAGGGGGGAUCCCAAAUGAUGAUCGCUGCAGAGAAUAAUAACUGGGACAUGAGACAUGCCUCUAUUGUGUGCAGACAACUGGGCUGCGGUAAUGCAGUUUCUACCUCAAAAAUCAAACUCCCAAAAGUUAUUCCAAUGUGGAGUUUCUUCUCUGAUUGUGAUGGGGCAGAGGCAGCGCUGCUUCAGUGUGGAGUUGUACUUCCCUGGUUUUCCUCUACUGCCAUUGAAGUGGUCUGUGCGGCCUAGAAGUAAAUUUGAAGUACAAAUAAAAAAUCAAGAUUGCAUUUUUUUUUUGCCAUUUUGCCCAUCCCUAUUUUGUGGUUUAUGAUGUUUUAAUAAGUGACAUAGAAGGAAACAAAAAACAAUUUUACCUGUGCAUCCCUUUUUUCACACCAAUUAACUUCAUGUCCUCCUUUUUACUCUCCCUCCUCUGUACCAUGUAUUCACUCUAUUUUUCGCAUAUUUUUCAAAUUCAUUAGUAAAGGUGAGACCUCACGCUGCUCUUAAACAUGGAGUUGGCAAUUACAGGAAUAUACUCAUACUUUUCAAAGUGUCUAAUUCAGUGUGAAAUAAACCAUGAAGAGCGGUCUUCAUUUCUCUUCUUUAUUGAGAUCAUUUAACAGUGCCUAUGUUAGGUUAUAUACGUCUGCUUUACCCAUCUCAAAAUCCUUUUGAAUAAAUUUUACCUCUGUACAAUGUACAAUUGUAAUGUUGUAAUGACAUCUAAAACAUCAAAAUAUUUAGCGUAAAUCAAAUAAUCUGUUCGGUUUGUAUUAGUUAGUUCCAUAUAUGAACUAUAUUUGUUCUACACCAUAAAUGUAUGCGUUUGUAGACCUAACCUGUAAACAAGAUGCAAAAAAAAACAAAACUUUUCCUGUUCUCAUCACACUAUAGGAUUUAGUAAAAUCAAACAAGUUGUAUGUGCAGAAAAUGGAAUACUAUGGAGUCUAUAUUUAAAGAUACAUAAUGUAACUUUUCUGGUAGAGGGUCCACCAUCUGCUUGUCUCCAUGGAAUUGUAUCGAGUUCUACAGCAUGGCAUCUAUCUCCAUGGAGACAGCCAGGUGAUGCCAGUGCCUCUAUAAAAUUUAAUGCUAUACUGUGAAGCAUUACAGGCAAAAAACUAAAAGCAUGUGACACACUCUCCAAAGUUAUAAUGAACCUUGUUGUAUGCAUGUUUUUGGACUUGUAAGAAAAAUAUGAAUGAAUAAAAGCAUUAUUGCCAUUGCCUGC